AUGGAGUGCAAUACAACCGUAUCUGCAUGCAAUGUCUCCACUCCUGGCUCCGUUGAGUAUAUUGAGAGAAGCGUGUUUAUACAGAUAGUUGUGCUUACUAUUAUGGCAGUUUUGGGUGUAGGAGGGAACAUAAUAAUCCUAGCCACUGGUGUAAAAGGUUUGUUCUGUGUACCGGACUUACGAUUGCGUCAAGAAUACACGCCAUCAUUUAUAACAAACCUAGCAGUGGCUGAUAUAUUGAUUCUUAUGUACUGCGUUCCUUUACAUCUUUCCGAAGUGAAGAGACUGCCAAUGAGCGAGUUUGUUUGCCGUUAUCUGGUGCCAUUACGAGAUACGCUCGCAUUAACAGCAAUCUUGACAAUCAUGGCCAUAAGUUUGGAACGAGCUGUUGCUAUUCUACACCCGUUCUCUCUGGAGUCGUCCCAGAGAUACACCAGACAUUGGAUAAUAGUUAUUUGGAUUGUAUCGUAUCUUUUCGCAGGUUUACCUAUGGUGUUUGUCAUGAGCAGUCAUUCUGGACAAUUUUGCAUACGAAAGUGGAGUAGUGUUAGACUAAGGAAUGUGCAUCAGAUGUCUGCUAUUUUACUUAUUGUUAUACCAGGCAUCAUUACGACAUUCUCCUACAUGUUUUGUAUACGAGCACUGCACAAAUUUCGCCAACGUCGCAAGAAUAGCGUCGAAAGUACGGGCGUUCAACAAUGGUCAUUUAUCAAGCAGACACGCAGUGUUUCUCGUAUUGCUUUAGUCCUAGUUGUGGUAUACUGGCUAUGUAAUCUACCUCUUGUCACAUAUGCAAUUGUGGCAAACUAUCGACUUAUUGCUCCCUCCCCAAAGGAGCAUGCAUACACAAUGGCUGUUCUAACUUGCCUCUUCUUUGGUGCUAGUGUUAUGAAUCCUAUCGUGUUAAUUGCUAUGAGCCAUCUGUACCGGGAAAGCGCUGUAACUUGUGUACAAUAUAUCUUCUCUAAAGGGAACCCUAUCGUACGAUAUAGGUCCAGGGUGCAAUUUACUAGAGAGUCGACCAAUGGCAAUCGAUCAGAACAUAUCUCAAUUGCAAAUAAUGAAGACAACGGGGAAAACAAUAACGCCAAUGGAUUUAUGCUAACCGCUCGAAAAUGA